UAUCCCAGUAUGGCCCAGUUCCACUCCCAGUAUAUCCCAGUAUGGCCCAGUGCCAUUCCCAGUGUUCCCAGUAUAUCCCAGUAUAUCCCAGUAUAUCCCAGUGCCCUCAGUUCCCCUCCCAGUAUAACCAGUAUAACCAGUUCCCACUCCCAGUAUCCCCAUUUUCCUCUCCCAGCACUCCCAGUGCUCCCAGUUCCCCCUCCCAGUAUAUCCCAGUACAUCCCAGUAUAUCCCAGUAUCCCCAGUUUCCAUUCCCAGUGCUCCCAGUAUGGCCCAGUUCCAUUCCCAGUAUCCCCAGUUCCCCUCCCAGUAUAUCCCAGUAUCCCCAGUUUCCAUUCCCAGUGCUCCCAGUAUGGCCCAGUUCCAUUCCCAGUAUCCCCAGUUCCCCUCCCAGUAUAUCCCAGUAUCCAUUCCCAGUGCUCCCAGUAUCCCCAGUUCCCCUCCCAGUAUAUCCCAGUAUCCAUUCCCAGUGCUCCCAGUAUCCCCAGUUCCAUUCCCAGUAUGGCCCAGUGCCCUCAGUUCCCCUCCCAGUAUAACCAGUAUAACCAGUUCCCACUCCCAGUAUCCCCAGUUCCCCUCCCUGUGUAACCCAGUUUGGUCCAGUUGCAUUCCCAGUAUAUCCCAGUAUAUCCCAGUAUAUCCCAGUAUCCAUUCCCAGUGCUCCCAGUAUAUCCCAGUAUAUCCCAGUGCUCCCAGUACCCCCAGUUCCCCUCCCAGUAUAUCCCAGUAUACCCCAGUAUCCCCAAUUUCCAUUCCCAAUAUAUCCCAGUAUCCCCUCCCAGCGCUCCCAGUACCCCCAGUUCCAUUCCCAGCACUCCCAGUAUCCCCAGUUCCCAUCCCAGUACAAACCAGUACAUCCCAGUAUCCCCAGUACCCCCACCCUCCUCACACCCCCUGGCCGCCAGGUGUCGCCCCACCGGAAGUUGCCGCUCCGGCCGCUCCUCUCGCUGCUCCCCACCGGAAGUGGCCGCUCCGGCCGCUCCUCUCGCUGCUCCCCACCGGAAGUGGCCGCUCCGGCUGCUCCUCUCGCUGCUCCCCACCGGAAGUGGCCGCUCUAUCCCCUCCUCUAUGGUUCGCCCCUCCCCUGUCUGAGCCGUGCGUCGCGUGCCCGGAAGCGCGGUGACGUCAUUGUUUGCGGAAGUGCCGGUGCGGAGCCGGGUGUCCCAUGGAGCUGCUGUUCGGGCGCAGGCGCUCCCCGGAGGAGCUGCUCCGGCAGAACCAGCGCGCCCUCGCCCGCGCCGUGCGGGAGCUGGAGCGGGAGCGGCAGAAGCUCGAGGCGCAGGAGAAGAAAAUCAUCGUGGACAUCAAGAAAAUGGCCAAGCAGGGCCAGAUGGACGCGGUGCGGGUGCUGGCCAAGGACCUGGUGCGCACGCGGCGCUACGAGCGCAAGUUCAUCGCCAUGCGCGCCAACGUGCAGGGGGUGGCGCUGCGGGUGCAGACGCUGCGGUCACACAGCGCCAUGGCCAGCGCCAUGCGGGGGGUGACACGGGCCAUGGCCACCAUGAACCGACAGCUGAAGCUGCCCCAGAUCCAGCGCAUCCUGCAGGAGUUCCAGAAGCAGUCGGAGCUCAUGGACAUGAAGGAGGAGCUGAUGAACGACGCCAUCGACGACGCCCUGGGGGACGAGGACGACGAGGACGAGAGUGACGCUGUGGUGUCGCAGGUUCUGGACGAGCUGGGGCUGAACCUGACCGAGGAGCUGGCCACCCUGCCGGCCCCGGGGGGCUCCUUGGCCGCCUCCGAGGCCCGCGGGGGAUCCGAGGCGGCCGCGGCCGCUUUGGGCGACGCCGACGCCGACCUGGAGGAGCGGCUGAAGAACCUGCGGAGGGACUGAGGGGGAGGGAUCCGGAUUUGGGAUCUUCUGGG